UGUAGGUGCCAAAGGGGAUGUUCUGUUGUUGGCUUUUUCAUCAUGAAUCAGUGCACAAGUCAUUUGCCCUGCCUCAACCUUCAAGGUCCAACAUCUAGCUCUGCUGGGUCAGAACCAAAACAUAUACCUUUUCGAGGACAUCAGAGAACUAUUGAAGGCGAAAAAAAGACAAUUCCAAAGGUUAAAAGAAGGAAAACUAAGAAAGAGCUGGACGCCAAGUUUCAUAAAUCAGAGAUGGAAACAUUUCUAAGUAAAGGGUCUCGAAGGUUGCUGAAGAAACAGGACUUGAGUCGUAAUCCAUUCUGCUCAAGAGUUGUCCAGUCUUCGGUACAAAAGUGUGUAUGCAACUCAAAUCCAGUCAUCAUAACCCAAAACCGUCUGAGUCAUCACCAGGGAAUGUUUAAUCGAGAGGUGAAAUCCGUUGAUAUUGGGAGACUUCUGACCAAAGAACCUGAGAACAAGGAUAAUGCAGAGUUAGACCUUCAGAAACAUAGAUCCAAAUCAGAAGGAAAUAUAGGUCAGGAUUGCAGUUCUUGUUCAACAGCCAUACCACCAAGAACUGAAUCACAACAGAAUGAUGGCAUUAUCUCUCUAAAACCUAGAGGGCCAAAAACACCUAUCCAGCCCAUCGAAUCUAUCACAGACAUAGUGCAGAAUGAGGAAAAGACCCCACUAUCUGGACAGGAAGGCAAUGUCCAUCGUCCCACCUCGUGGUCAAGCAGUGAGACAGAGCUUCCUGAAGUGGAGACAGAGGCUGCUCCUGUUUUUGAGGUAGCAGAGAAGAUCUUUAAAAUGCUUGACACCCAGGUACUAUUCCCAGGCCGUAACCUAGUAAAUGAAAUUCAGAAAGAUAUAAUGGAAAAUAUGAGACAGAAUCAUGAAAAGGGCACCAAUCGGCCUGCAGUAUCUGCACAAAGUGAGCUUGAUUAUGGGUUCAAAGCCAAUGCUGAUACUUGUGAACGUUCAGAUCGGGGACAAUCCUGCGAAGAGCUACAAGAUUAUAAAACAACUACAAAUGUAUCUCCGUCAGCAAACAGACCCCAGCGCGAUCCCCCCACUGUGCGCUUGUCAGGAUGUGACAUGAAUCACACUGAUCCCUUAAUGAACAUGGACAUCAGACAAUCAGCAGACCUUCAGCAAUCCUUUCUGUGCAGACUUGAUUAUAAAAGUCAAAACUCUCUUGAUUACCAUGAGGUGUUUUCCAGGGACGGUCCACAUUUUUACCAGUUUACAUCACCAAGAGCUGAGCCUGAAAUAACUUGUGAGAAUAGGGGCAAGCUACAGACAAACACACAGGCUUUCCAAAAUAAAGAGAAACAAAGAAAUGUUCAAAAUCUCUCUAAAACCACGUACAUACCAAGGCACAAGCGGAAUUGUUCACAAGACGAUUUUGAAAUGGUCCUUCCAUCUACACAUGAUGGUCUCAAACACCCCACUAGCCAUACAUUUUGCAAGGUGUAUGAACAAGAGACUCCCACUAGAAAACCAUUCCAAGAGAUCUUUCCUAAGCAGGUGAACCGAACAAGGCUAAACAUCAUGCAAAGACAACCCACAGGAGGAAGCCAAACUUCAGAUGAUGUUCUCUGUAGAAUAUGGAACCAUGAGAGUGACCAUAAAAACAGUUCAAAGAUGUCAAGUAAUUACCUGACCACUUCUCCUGAAGAGCCUAGGCUGUGCUAUAGAGAAUUUAGCCAACACAGCAUAUUUUCUGAAGACAAGUUUCAGAGUUAUCAUGGCCUUCCUCUACAAGGUUUGGAAACCCACUCCUCUCCUGUUCUCGGGAGUUUUCUAUUUGAGGAAAGUCAAUUUGUGUCAGAAACGGAAUCAUUUGUGCAGAAACCCAGAGUCCCAAGGCUAGGUCCACAGAUAAUGUUGCAUCAGAAUAUACACCCAUCCAUACCAAUGUCAAGAUGGAGAAAUAUUUGUGAGCCCCCCGAGGAUAACUUGUGGAGUGUCAAAUCUACUCUAACAAAGGACUCUUUACAGGCAAGCCACACAAGUGGUGUGUGGGACAGAAACUGGCAAAGUAGUGAAGACUGGUCACUCUUCCCUUCUUCUGAGUCCAUGGAAGAAGUCAACUCAUUUAAUAGUCCUGCAAGUGAGAGGUCUCUCAGUAAGUCACUAUUAGGUAGGCUGAGCCCCGAUGCUUGGUUGUUCCCAAGAAUGAAACUCUAUUGAUAAAACUGUACAAUAAUUUAUCAAAUGGGGACAAAUUAACCCCAGACUAUUGUUUAAUGCCCUAUA